ACGACGUUUUUACUUCCUGGUUGGAGAGAUGUAAGAAAAUGUCGAAGUGUUGGUCGUUUCUGCUUCUCGCUGCUUCAUGGUUAUGUUUUAAGACAGACUCGGUGGCAGGUAUCUGCUCACCACGGAUGUAUGGUUCGCAGUGUAACUACACGUGUCAUUGCGAUGAUGUCGACUGCGAUGACGUCACAGGUUGUUCGCGUAGAUGUGAUAGAGGAUGGCAUGGAUCAAACUGCAAUAAAGAAAAUAUAGCUCUGCAUAGUCAGAGUUCAUAUGAUCCCAACUGGCGGAAAGAUCCCUCACUGGCUGUAGAUGGGAAUCUUGACCAAGGUUACCAGGCAGCAAACUGUAUUGUAUGUUUACAGGACCCGGUUAUCCCUCAACAUGGUGGCAGGUGGACCUGGGUAGAGAAUAUUACAUACACAAAUUAGCGGUGCACUUCAGAAAAUGGCCAACAAAUCGCAGAAAUGGCGUUGAGGUGUACAGCUCUGUUGAUGUAAACCAAACAAACACUGGUCACCUGUGUGGUUCAUCAACACAGUCCAGUCCGGAUGUGACGUCGAUGACAUGUAACAACACGGCUAGAUACAUCACACUCUACCAAGAUACACACAAUGGAGACACAGCCAU